GUUACUAAAUAAAUAUUAUUACAGGAUGGUGCAAACAGUUCCUCUCCCUGCAGAUUUGCUGCCUCUAGAUUUCGGGAUAGAGAACCUAGAUUGUCCUGUACAUGGUAAUAUCGUUGUUAAUCUGAAGGACAGUGAGACUAUGAGGGUCAACUCAAUGAUACUGGGUCUUCACAGUCCAGUAUUUCAGGAUAUGUUCUUCAAUUUAGGACUUGUUUCUGUUGACAUGGACGACUUUACUGCUGAGAAUGUUCGGGAAUUCUUCAGUGCACUUUAUUGUGGUAGACUUGAGCUCAGUAAGGACAACUUCAGGGAGAUGAAUAAGAUAGCUGCAGCUUUCAAGAGUAAAUGGUUGAUAUCCAAGUGCACAAUUUUCUUCUACGAGGAAUUCAAUCGAUCAAUCCAAGUUCUUAAACAGGAAGAUCGUAUUGAGGACUUGAUUUGGACGUUGGAAUGGCUAUUCAACGAAAGCCAUUUCGUCAAGAAAAACACUUAAAAUGAAGAUCUACUUGAAUUUGUCGCGGAGAAGUUUUCAGAUCUACCUGAAAGUGUUCUUGAAGCUUUUGUCGGGACUGUGUUGUUAGAUUUCAACAGCGUUUGUCUCGAUAAACUUCAUUGGCUGAUCCGAAUUACUGAAAAAAAUACAACUAUUCUAGCUAAGGUUCUGAAGGAAAAUCUAAGACUAUUGGAAAUAGGAGAGCUAGAAGAAAAUACUAGAUAUCUGCUGGAGAACCUCGACUUUGUUAAAUGCUAUCAAGCUGACCCUAUUCUUUACUAUGAAGAAAUAUUCGAUAUUCUGUUUAGAAAUCUGAACAAACUUGAACGGAAAGAUGUCGACAUGGUGAUUCAAUUGAGUAGAAAAACAUCAAAGGAAGCAUAUCUUUCUUCUGAUAGUAAUGCAGCAAAAGAUGAACAAAGCUCUCAAAAUGAAGGUCCUGGAGAAAAGUCUGAUCUUGUUUUGGAUAUUUUCUCCGAACAUAAUUUGGACAACUUAGCUAAAAUAGAGAAUGAUGAAAUGUACAAGACAGAACUUGAUCGACUUGGUAAUAUGACAGAGCUUAAAAACAUGUACAUGCUGUUUGAGGCACUUUUCAAAGUAGAAGGGUACUGUGGAGGUAAUUUUAAUCGCUCUAUCAUAGAGAAUCUAGUAAUGUUAAAAGCUCACCGUGGAUUUUCUCAUGUUCAUCCAGAAUUUAUUCGUGAUCUGACCACUUACUACACAUGCGGUUCCUUAGAUCAGCUCAUGAACUGUGAAGAACUUUUAUCCUCAAGGAAGAGCUGCCGCCGAAUAUCUGCAAACUUGUCAUACCGAAUUAAAGAUUUUUUUACAACGGAGACUUACCAUGAUUUUCAGUUUUUACAUGCGGGUCACAAAUGUGAGAGUUGUGAUUAUUCUUGGGUGUGUGGCUUUAUACUGAAAGUUUGUCCAAGUACUGACGAAAAUCCCGAUUCCUUUAACAUUCAAUUAGUUGCCGAUGUUGAGAAAGGAUUCAUGUUGGAAGGUGGGAUAAAUCAACAGUUUUGUCAUCAUCAUGAUCUCGUAAAACAUGACAGAAUUCAUUUUACAUUUGAAAUUCUAUCUACUUAUAAAGCCCGUUGCAAAGAAACUUAUUAUCACUUCAAAUCAUGGGAUACGAAACCUUAUGUUCAUGAAAAUGAUGAUGGAUGCUUUCUAUGGGGAGAAGACGAGUAUUCUGCUGAUGAUAUGAUACGUUUAACUGUUUACUUAGAGCUUCAGUCUUAACUAUAAUGUAUUAUUUUCCGGCGCAACUGGGGUAUGAACCUGUGCAAUUGUUUUCUAGGGAUAAUAAGUUGUUUGUAUUUUUGUAUUUAUAUCAAUUGAUGCGAGUGAACUUUCAAUAAAUCAUUUCACAACAUCCUGAUCCAUUUUCUUAGGCCAAAUCUAUUAUAUUUUGGAGGGGAAUUGGAGAGGGAUAAAUGGUUCAUUAUAAAAAUGAUGACAAAUUCAUAGUUGAAUAACGAGGCUGUACUUAAAAUGAUCAUAAGCAUAAUUGUAUCCCGACGAAUACUGUGAAAUUCCUUGCUGUACGGCGACGUUUAGUAAAGUAAGGAGCGGGUUCGGUACUCCAGACAGGCCCUUCGUGUUCGGUUCUGUUUCUAAAGGUUUCACCCGGCACAGAGGGGAAUUGCAAGAGCAUUCAGUUGGUGAGAAAAGAAAGCGAGUUAGUUUUGCACGGAGUUCCUGCUUUCUGUCAGCAAGAUUGUGUAGCCCCAGAGAAUAUUCAUUAUCCAAUUACCUUUUCAAAAGCACGAGCUUUAAAAACUUGAGGAUUCUGAAACCCGAUGUUUAUGGCUGAAUCUUGGGGCGGGAAGCUUCAUUCAUAACGUUUAACCAGUAACAGUUGGCAGCUUUAACCCGACGUAACCAGCAUUUUUAUGGCCAGUAAUUUAUAAUUUUAUAUUUUAUACGCCUUUUUAAUUAUCUCCAAUGUCGUUCAUCUAUCGUUUUAUAGAUUUUAAUUUAUUAAUAUUAUUCUGCCAACGAUUACAAGUAUUCAAUUGCAAUUGUUUUUGGGAAAGGAACAUCUUGCUAUUAAACUGUAUAAUUCUUGAUAAUUUGUUGAUAACUACAGAUUCGAGUGGGAAUGCAAAUUAAACAAUUCAGUGCCUUUUUGUUUCUACCUGAACUAUAUAUUAUAAUUGUUUGUUAAAUUUCUAAAUUGUUUUCUCAUGUGCGAUGUUUCAUUGUUUCGUGAGAAUACAACGUAUCAAUAUCUCCUUUUGGUAUGAAUACAAACUGUAUAAAAAUAUCUCACCGUUGGCCAGUUUCAAUUUAGCAAUGUCUUUGGCUCUACUUUUAACUGUUUUUAUCAUUAAAAAUAAAAUGGGAAAGUCUCCCGUUAAAAUAAAUAUUACCUUAAUGACAGGUAACCUGUCAAAAGUUGACACUAAAGACUUUGUCUAAUGGCAUGACGACUAUCCUAGCUCUACGUUCCCUUCGAGUUACCCCACUUCUCACUUCAGCUAAUUUGUCUCGGAUCAUGUCGACCACCACAACUCACUUGGAGCGCACUAACGGUAGUAGCAGAGAUCCUGGUCUCCGUGACUGUACCGUCAGCUCUAUCACCGAUAUCUCACCCACCGUCAAACUCCUCAAACUUGCUCCGGUCCCUAAGCAGCAGCUUACCUUUAAACCGGGACAGUGGGUAGACUUCUUUAUACCCGGUACUGACAUGAUCGGAGGGUACUCUAUGUGUUCGGACCCCAGGUCUCCGCUGCUGGAACUAGCUAUCAAGUACUCCACCCACCCGCCCGCUCACUGGGUACACAAGUCUUGCAAGGCUGGAGAUGAUGUCCAGGUCAGAGUGGGUGGAGAUGUUCACUUGGAACCGAGCUCUGGUACUAAAGCUGUCCUGUUGGUGGGUGGAGGGAUAGGGAUCAACCCUCUCCUGUCCAUCAUUAAAGCUGGAGUUGAUUCUAGCACCAAGUACCACCUGCUCUACUCCGCCGGCACUCUCGAGGAACUCAUCUUUUGGUAUGAUUUGGAGGAGAUGUCCGUGAAUCACGAGAACUUUACUGUUGAGUAUUUUCUGACCAGAGAGACAGUGAAACAGCUGGGUUCGAACAAUUUUGUGAAGUUUCAAAGUGGACGGAUAACUCCCGAGACUAUUAAUAAGUUAGUGGAUGAUUGGAAAAAUGUUUUUGGUGCAGAUGGUAUCAGAUGUUUUCUUUGUGGUCCCCCUCCCAUGAUUGAUUAUCUGUCGAAAAAUGUCGAGGUAAAAUGUGAAUAUGAAAAAUGGUGGUAGAUGAGCUGCUUUGAAUUGAUUUGAACUGUUUCCAUAUUUUAACUGUCCAAAUCGUCAAUUUUAUUUCCUGCACUGAUGACCCUCUCUUUCAGUAGCUUUUUCUCAGCAAUCAGUUGACCCCUUUCAUGAGAUAUUUUUCUGAGAUUUAAAAUAUAAGAUAAAAAGUUUUGACCGAUUAAACUUUAAGUUAUAAUUUACUAUGAUUAUAUAAUUUACGAUGAUAUGUUACAUUGUACAUACUAACAUAACUUUAUACUAACAA